AUGUUGAAGAUAUGGAGCAUGAAACAGCAGCAGCAGAAGAGUGAGGCAGCAUCGGGUCAGGGCAAGAAGAAGAAGGUCACGGCCGCCCAGCUGCGAGUUCAGAAAGAUCUCUCCGAACUCUCCCUCGGUAGCACGAUGAAAACACACUUCCCCAACGCCGACGACAUCCUCAACUUCACCCUCACGCUGCAACCGGACGAAGGCCUCUACAAAGGCGGCAUCUUCAACUUCACCUUCGCCAUCAGCCAGAACUUCCCGCACGAACCGCCCAAAGUCAAAUGCAAAGAGAAGAUCUACCACCCCAACAUCGACCUCGAGGGCAACGUGUGUCUGAACAUCCUGCGCGAGGACUGGAAGCCGGUCCUCAAUCUGAACGCGGUGAUUGUGGGGCUGCAGUUUUUGUUUCUGGAGCCGAAUGCCAGCGAUCCGUUGAAUAAGGAUGCCGCGAAUGAUUUGAUGAUGGAUCGCGAUCGGUUUAAGAGGAAUGUGAGGAGUGCCAUGGCCGGCGGGGCUGUUAAGGGGGAGAGCUUUGAUCGGGUUAUGAAGUAG